GUGUUGAUGAAUUGAACAAAGUCCGAGUGGCUUCAUGAUUGGAAGACAUACAAUGUAUAAUCUCAUAAGUGAGAGGUCCGGCUAGUUAUCAGUUUCAUGCGACUCGUUUCUGAGAUAAAUAAACUCUGGCCGCUAUCUCGUAAACUAAAUUGAAGCAUUUGUGUUUAUCUUAUAUUGUAAUCAACACGCAUCGACCCAGAUUUUGGCUGCGGAGUGUGCCUUUGGAGAAGUUUGGCAGGUGUAGUGGUUUGAAAACCGGAGAGAAACCAUGUCUUCUUUCGCCCCGACAUCCACGAGUGGUUCCAAAGAUGAUGAUGCAAAGUACAAAGAAUUUGAUGCACCAGAUGCAGAAUUCUUCAAAGGAAUCGGCAAAAUCCCUUUGAAAAGGGAUGCUGGUGCCGGCGAAACAAUGGUAUUCAAAACAUAUGAACCAGAAAAGCAAGUUAUGGGAAGAUCAAUGAAGGAUUGGCUUCGCUUUUCUGUAUGCUUUUGGCAUACAUUUCGUGGAACAGGUGCGGAUCCCUUUGGUUUUCCCACCUUAAUCCGCCCAUGGGAUGAUGGAAGUAGCUCCAUGGCCAACGCUAAGAGGCGUCUGAGGGCUGGGUUUGAAUUCUUCACAAAACUUGGUGUUCCGUAUUGGACAUUCCAUGACAGAGACAUAGCGCCAGAAGGGGCCACCCUGGCAGAAACCAACAAAAAUUUGGACGAGAUAGUUGAUCUUGCCCAGGAGCUACAGAGCAAAACCGGAGUAAAACUGUUGUGGGCAACAUGUAACUUAUUUGCUCACCCAAGAUACAUGAAUGGAGCUGGUAGUAACCCAAAUUCCCAUAUCUUCGCUAUGGCGGCGGCACAAGUCAAGAAAGGUCUGGAAGUGGCCAAAAAAUUGGGUGCAGAAAAUUUUGUGUUCUGGGGCGGAAGAGAGGGCUACCAUACAAUCCUCAACACCAAUGUUCUCGCAGAACUCAACAAUCUGGCCACGUUCUUUAGAAUGGCAGCAGAUUACAAGAAGAAAAUAGGAUUUACGGGGACACUGCUGAUUGAACCCAAACCAAAAGAACCCGCUAAACAUCAAUAUGACUACGACGCCAUGACAGUUAUCGGUUUCCUGAAGCAUUACGGACUGGACAAAGACUACAAGCUUAACAUUGAGCCAAACCAUACCACUCUGGCUGGCCACGGUUACGAACACGACAUCGUGAUGGCGUCGGCGUUCGGUAUGCUGGGCUCUAUCGAUUCUAACACGGGUUCUCCAGACCUAGGCUGGGAUACCGACCAGUUCCCUAUGGACAUCAAAAACACCACCAUGGUCAUGAAGACAGUAUUAGAGCAGGGUGGACUGUCUCCCGGUGGAUUGAACUUUGACUGCAAGGUCCGCAGAGAAUCCAGUGAAUUACAAGACAUGUUUAUCUCACACAUAGGUGCGAUGGAUUCUUUUGCGAGAGGAUUGUUGAAUGCUGAAAAGCUUCUCUCAGAUGGGGUUAUUGCAAAACAAGUGAAGGAAAGAUACAGCUCAUAUGAAUCUGGGAUUGGCAAAAAGAUUGCUGAUGGCCAAACAUCUUUUGAGGAACUAGAGAAAUAUAUCCUUGAAAACGGAAGUCCAACAAACAUAGCCUCGGGUCGCCAGGAGCAUUACGAAUCCAUGCUGAACCACUACGUUUAAACCUUCAUUGUGAAAUGAGUACACAAGACCGAUCGAAAAAAUAGACUCUAGUGAUUUCUAAAGUUUCAUGACACAAAAUUAUUAAAUCCACUUUAUUAAGUUCAGUUACAAAAAAAUAUCUCCAAAUGUUGUUGAAAAUGACUAUUUUGGCAUCGUAUACUGCAGUAUAGGUCUGGAUCUUGUAAAAUCAUGAAAAUAGCUCUUGUUAUCUAGAUGAAAAAUGUAUGUACAUUGAAGAACAUCGAUGUGUUAAUAAUAACAUCUAGAUAUAUUGUUGUUUCUUUUUAGCCAAAAAAUAUAGAAAUAUGUAAACUUUUGA